UUACUGCUCGACGUCAUAUUGCAGCGCCACAGGGAAUUAUAUAAACAGCAAUCACUUGCUUUCAGCCCACGCAAUUUCGAUGAGCAGAACCGGGAACUCCAGAAUGCGGCGCGUGCAAAACAGCGCGAGGAUCGUUUUCAAAGCAACCGCAUUAUUAGUGUUAGUCCAACUCCCGUCAAGCGUGCGGCACCUAUACCGCCCUCAGAGGAGGCGCAGCCACGCCUUACCUAUGUCGCUCCUCCUAAGGAGAAUCGAAAACCAGAGCUGCCUCAGCAGCAGAGGAACCCCACCCGGGACCUUUACAUAAAGCGCUUCGUGGAUUGGAAGGCUGCCAGGAAGGAACAAACAAAGAACGAGCAAAUUGCUCGUCGUGGUCAAAAGAUGUGCACAUAUAAAACCGAAACACUUACACCUGCGACAAACCCCCAGAAAGAGCAGGAGAACGCUCCGGCAUUUGUGCCGCCAAAAAGGCACUCCUUAUAUGUUUUGUCAAAAAAAACUCAGUGUACGCAGACGGCAGCGGAGAGGAAACAGCCUUUGGCAACCCAAUUGCGUACCCAGGGUCAUCCAUCCAGAUUGCGCGCUCAGCCUGCGGCAACCAUGGCAAAGCUGCAACAUGCAACGUCGCGUCUUCAACCGGUCACUGUGAAGACCCAAACAUCAAACAUGAAACAUCAAACAUCAGCAAGGAAUGUCCAGCCAGCCACAGUGAAGCCUGCACCUUCACGUGCAUUGCCCUUGAAGCCUACAGCAGGCCCAAAGCCCAAGGCAGCAGAUUUGGUCGUUGGACCUUCUGCAAAUGGGGUUGUUCAUUUGCCAAAUGUGAGGACGCAACCAUUCGAAAAGCCGGCCGUGAGUAAGCCCACCUUAAAAAUACCAGCAGUGAAACCAAAGCCCAUUCAAGGAGGCGGCGGAGGGGGAGCUGCGGGAAAAUUUAAGUCGACCGCAGUAGCAAAAGGGCCGGCAAUAAAAAACAAGCUUGCCAGCCAAUUGUCGACCAGAAUGAAGGCCAAGAGCAACGUCAGCAAGUACGUAGGUCUUCAAAAGAAUGUUUGAAAUCGGCCGGAGCUGAUGAGAGAGUUGGUUGGGGCUGGGACCACUGAACUCCCACUGCCUCCCAAUACGCCGCUGGAAGAGAAGAGAAGAUAAGUUUCCCUGCUCUGGCCACAUUCACCCAGUGCAAGACGAACAAUUGCAGUCAAGAAAUGAUAGAAGCCUUGGGUGAGAUUUCAAAUCUGAGUCCAGUGGGUCCAAUGAGCAGCCACCGAGAUUCGAAAGCGAAGCGGAAAUUUGACUUUUCUAGGUACUCUUUGAUAAAAACGGCAGCUGAAGAGAGUUUGAUCUUGGAUCCAUAUCUGGCUAAGGAUCCAGAUGAUAAAGAA